CUUAGCUGUCAAUACCUCCCUUCAGACCUCACCAGAGAAUAGGUGUGCGCCUGUAGGGUUACGAUUGUGAUUUUUCAUAGUUUUUACAUAAAAUAGUGAGGUUUUUAAAUAAUUAUGGAGCCUUACGAUGUGAUAGUUAACCAGCCCGUAGUUAUUGAUAAUGGUUCUGGUGUAAUCAAAGCAGGCUUUGCAGGUGAUCAAAUACCAAAAUGCAGAUUUCCAAACUACAUUGGCAGACCCAAACAUGUAAGGGUCAUGGCUGGUGCUCUAGAAGGAGACCUGUUUGUGGGGCCAAUAGCUGAGGAACAUCGUGGCCUUUUAUCUCUUCGUUAUCCAAUGGAACAUGGAGUUGUUACAGAUUGGAAUGACAUGGAGAGAAUUUGGUCUUAUGUAUAUAGUAAAGAUCAGUUAGCAACAUUUAGUGAAGAACAUCCAGUUCUAUUAACAGAAGCACCACUUAAUCCAAGGAAAAAUAGAGAAAAAGCUGCAGAAAUAUUCUUUGAUACAUUCAAUGUUCCAGCUUUGUUUGUUUCAAUGCAAGCUGUUCUUAGUUUAUAUGCCACUGGACGAACUACAGGGGUUGUUUUGGAUGCUGGAGAUGGUGUCACACAUGCUGUACCUAUUUAUGAAGGUUUUGCUAUCCCUCAUAGUAUUAUGAGGGUUGAUAUAGCAGGACGCGACGUUACAAGGCAUCUACGACUUCUUUUACGUAAAGAGAGUAUUAAUUUUAGAACUACAGCAGAAUUUGAAAUUGUUAGAACAAUUAAAGAACGAGCGUGCUAUCUCGCUAGUAAUCCUCUGAAAGAAGAAACCAUUGAGACAGAGAAAUUUCAGUAUAUCCUACCUGAUGGGAGUUGUUUGGAGAUCGGUCCAGCUCGGUUUAGAGCUCCUGAAGUACUCUUUAGACCAGACCUGAUUGGAGAAGAAUGUGAAGGACUUCAUGAAGUAUUAACAUAUUCCAUUCAGAAAUCUGACCUAGAUUUAAGAAAGGUGUUAUUCCAGAAUAUUGUUUUGUCAGGAGGAUCAACGUUAUUCCGUGGAUUUGGUGAUAGGCUAUUAUCUGAAAUUCGUAAAAUGGCACCAAAAGAUAUAAAAAUUAGGAUAUCAGCACCACAAGAACGAUUAUAUAGUACUUGGAUUGGAGGUUCCAUUUUGGCUUCAUUAGAUACUUUUAAGAAGAUGUGGGUUAGUAAAAGAGAAUACGAAGAAGAUGGUAUAAGAGCGAUUCAUCGUAAAACAUUCUGAAUUUAAUUUAGGAAGAUUUAAGAUGUUAUGUCAAAUAAUUUAAAUACAACAUAUAAGUAAUGGCACACUCAGCACAAAAAUUGAGAUGUACUGUGUUUACUGUGCUCUUUGAAUGCUUUUAAUAUUGCAAUUUUUUAAAACUGCUUUAACUUCUUUCUUUUUCCAAGUGAAAAUAUAUUCCAAGGGAUCGUAAGAUAUUAAUAUUUAACGAAUUCAAAAUAGAACAUAAUUUUGAUUAUAUUUUUAAAAGGUUUGUUUAAGAUUCCUUGGAAAUGUACAUAAAAGGAUUUCUAAGGUUAAACGUAUUUUAACUCACCAAAUUCAAUAUAAUUUUAAAACUAAACACUGUCUAACAAUUCAAUUAAAUUCUUCAUUUUAAAAUACUAUAGGUGCAAGUUAUAUAUUUGUUUCUAUAUUAUUUAUAGUUUUGUUAUAUCUAAUAUAUUAAAAAGACCAAUUAACAAAAUUGAGCACUUUGGUUAACUGAAUUAACAUUACAAAAGGAAUAAUGUAAUUUCCAUUUGCAGUAACAAUUUUGCAAAGUAUUUGUAAAUAUGUAUGCUUCGGUAAAAUAAAUCUAUAAACUCUUUACACAUA